AUGGCAGAGUGCUUUGCAGACCUUCCAAAGGAGGAGAUCACCAAACCGCGAAUGCAACUGCACUUGCGCAAUGCCCUGGACAAAACUCUGGCAGUAGCUUGCUACCGUGAUGGUACCUUUUGUCUCUGGUGGGCCGUGUGCUUGACGUGCCUGUGCAUGCCAGAAAGCGCCACGAAUGUUGAGACCGAAGUUCCUGAACAUCAGGACUUGGACAGCCAGGCUUCAUUGAGGCCUCUGCAGGACAAGGCAGUGGAGAGAGUGGAUUCCACCAAACGCAAGCAUCAAGAGACUGCAGUGGUCCCAGCGCAUCGUUGUCGGAAGAAGCAGCAUGUGGAUAUGGUGCAAAUCAGAAAGCGGGUGAGAAGAGGAUGUGGAGGCAAAGGGAAUAGGAAAGCAAAGGGCAAGUCAAAUGUGGCUAGCAUUGCAGACAAGGAAGCCAUUUGCAAAGCUUAUGGAGAGGCUCGUGAAUCAGGAGCAAAGGCACCAGCCAAGAAGGUAGAGCACAUGAGGGGAUACUACCAUGGUUGCAUCUACGAGAGCAAAUGGAUGAAAGUGCGACGAGAGCAGUCCUGGACUUUGUUGGUGGCAGCUGCCCCCAAAUUGACUCGGCGGCACAAAGAGCUACCAGACUCACUGAGAGCUAUGCUGAAGCUUCCCUCAAAGUUCAGCGAGCGACGCAACAAAGAUGGUUCACUGGCAAGCCUGCCAGUGCCGCUACAGCAGUGCGUAGCAUCCUUGAUCACGGACCGCAUCGACUUGGGACAGGAAGUGGACAUUGAAUAUGUCAAGGGCACGGUAUCUCCCUUUGUGGAGAUUUGGAAUUCUUGCGUUGAAACCAUCCGUGGGAACAUUUCUGAAUACAGCAUGGAGUUUUUGAGGUCCAAGGAUGAGCUCAGCAAAAUGUCCACUGCAGAGCUGACAGAGGUGAUGGAAGACUUCCGCAAGAGCCUCGAAGACACCCUUCUUCCAGUAUCCUUGAAAGAGCGAAUGCACUAUUGGGCGCCUGCGCACAUGUCCGGGAAAUACAAGAAGCUGCAAGAUCGCUGGAGCCAAACUCACAACAUCGAACUUAUGUCGGGGCACAGUGAGAUUCCGAUUCCAGGUGGGUUUGGCGCGGCAGGCCAACCCAACGAUCAAUGGCACCAAGCCAUGCAUUUACUACCUUAG